UUUAAUUUUUUAAAAUUUCCACCUCAUUUUCAACUACUAACUAUUAAAAAAUAAAAAUGAACUUUUAGUCAUGGUAAAUCUGACAUCGCUUUCCAUGGUCGCCGGAGCAGUCGUACUUGCCGUCGGAGACCCCGGACGGACUGACCAAGUACCGAGAGGAGGAGCUGAAACUACUCCGAGGAAAUGGUUAGGGACAACGUUAGAAAGGAGAACGGAUAAUUGAUUAUGACGUCUACGGCGAACUCGAAAACCCGGACGGCAAUCCGGAUCUCGCGCAACCCGUCCUCGGUGGCAAAGACCACCCUUAUCCUCGCCGGGUCCGCACCGGCCGUCCCCGACCAGAAUCUGGUACGUAUCUUACCGUUCUCUGGAUCCAAAAUAUGCUACCCCUCGCAAUGGGGAGCUCCAAUUUCUACGUGCCGAGCAACGAGGAGUUCUCACAGGUGAAGAGAUCGUCGUUUCACGUCACUGUGUCGAGGGAGCUCAGCGCGGUUGUCCCGGCAACAGAUACUUUCUUAAUUGAUUGGGAUUUGGGGUUCCCACAAUUGACCACUCUUUCUGCCUCCACUUCUCCCAAUUUCCCUUUCUGCAAACGCAAACUCGUCGGUGAGAAAUUCUUCUACGUAGGCUACGACGACACCAAGGGGAAGAUGAAUCAGACUCUCGAGUUGCGCUUCCAUCGAGAUUCCGACGGUCACAGCACACAUAAAGCCUCGAUUGUUGUCGGCCAUUACGUUUACACUGAUCUCGCAGGUAAAGGAGUGAGCGGCGACUGAGAUUUCGCGGGUGAAGGAGUGAGUGGCGAAGGUUAGGGAUUUGGAAGAGUUGGCGGCGAUUUUGCCUACGAAAGAGUGAAUAACGACUGCAAGCUGAGAGGAGAGAGAGGUGAAUCGGAGAGUGCUCGUUCAUUCUUCACCGGUUAGGGGAUGCGACGUUGAGAAGAAAGCUUGAGAGGCGGCGGUGGGGACUUGCAGCGAAGGACUUUGUUGUUAUAAAAAUUAAUUAUAUUU